AUCUGGAGGGCGUUGAAAAGGAAGGAACAUCGAGCAGGUCCUCUGCUGUUCGUCAAAGUUCUUUUUUCCAUCGAGAGCCUCAUCCGGCUACUCAAUCGUCCUCAAGUUCUUCUUCCAUGUCUGCAGCGGCUCUCCCUUUCUUACCUGCCUCCGCAAGCGCUGCACCGAACAGGUUUACAUAUAUGAUUAAAGCUUGCUACCCUAAUCCAUCUUCUGAAGCAUCUAAGACCUGUCCCUUAAGGGGAGAAUAGGUCUAAGGUGAAUCCCCCGAUGGAUUAGGGUGAGCUUUGAAUAUGAGCAAAGAGCGCCGACAUGGUACAGAACUACGUCAAGGCACACGACCAGGCAGAACAACAACGCUAGAUGUCUCUCCAGAGGAGGAGCAAGGGUCUGAGCCAGAGUCUCUAGGCCAGUUUUAUUCUCGAAGAGCACGGGAAAAAGAAUCGGGAGGCCACAUGGACAUGAGCAUAG